AUGUGCAUCAACUACACGAACUUGAACAAAGCUUGUCCAAAAGAUGCCUUCCCUCUACCAAACAUUGAUGGACUAGUAGACGCUGCCUUGGGACACCAGUACCUCAGCUUUAUGGACAUGUACUCCGGGUACAAUCAGAUACCAAUGCACCGACCAGACGAGGAGAAAGCCACACCCCGAAGGCAUACAGUCAUGCCCUUCGGACUAAAAAAUGCCGGGGCCACCUACCAAUGGCUCGUCACCAAGAUUUUUAAAGAUCUCUUGGGGGCUGGAGCUUGCAUUCGCACUACUCACGGUGUCUCAACGCCUUUGGCAAUAUUUCCAAGGCAACCCCAUCACGGUUCAAAUGGAUCAGAUGGUGAGGCAAGUGCUACAGAAAAUGGACCUUGCAGGACGGAUGCUCACUUGGUUGGUCGAGUGAUUACAAUAGGAGAUCAGGGAGCGAACCCAAAAAAGUACGGAAGCUCCACGUUGACGGCUCGUCAAACACCAACUCGGGGGGGAUCAGGAAUAAUACUGAAAAACGAGAACAGGAUCGCUAUCGAACAAUCCAUUCGAUACAAGUUCCCGGUCUUUAACAACCAGACUGAAUACGAAGCCCUUAUAGAUGGACUGGCGCUCGCCAAGUAA